AUGGAUAUCCAAAACCAAAGAAGAGUUAUUAAAUCUCGAUUCAGAUUUACUGCCAGACAAUUGCGCAGUUCAACUGCUUUAAUGAAUGACAUGCAGUCUUUGUUGCAAAGCGGAGAUUUCUCAGAUGUCAGACUGCACUGUGGAUCUGAUGUAUUUAGAGCGCACAAAAAUAUCCUUUCGGCAAGAUCUCCCGUUUUUGCCGCUAUGUUUCUCAAUCCCAUGCGGGAAAGCCAUCAGGAUUUUGUGGAAAUCCAAGGAAUGGAACCAUCCAUUCUACGAAAAAUGCUCGAAUAUAUUUACAGCAGUAAAACUGAACCAUUAAAUGCUACCUUAGCUUGUGAACUUCUGUCAGCCGCUUAUAUGUACCAGUUAGUUGGUUUGAAAAUGAUAUGUAUUGAUUUUCUGCGUUAUGUUAUGUGCGAUGAAAAUUUGACUCUUUUACCGUUGAAGAAGAAUGGUCGAAGAACAUCUGGUCGGAAGAUCAAAGAAACAAACAUUCCUACGUUGCAAGCAGCAAAUAUUGAUUACUUCUACAUUUUGCAUAAUCAAUAA